AUGAAGGUUAUUCGAGAUGAAGAAAUUAUCUUGUCCAAUAGCUUUGAAAUUCUUGAUAAUGCCUCUAAUCAGUUGAAAGAUGGUAUUUCACCUGGAAUCUCCACUGGAUCUGUGAUACUUAUCACCUCCCAUAAGGUUAGUGCUACUAUACCUGAGGAAACAACUACUGAGAAGUGUCCAACUGCCAAUGUAUGUUCUUAUGUUCCUCCCAAAAUUUUAGUUACUGACUCCAACACUUUUGAUCCUACUUAUCCUUCACUGGUUAAUGGAAAAUCAAUUGAAAUCUCUACUAAUGCCAUUCACAAUGAUUGUACUGCUUGUGCUGGUGACAAACAAGACUGUUCUGGUGGUAAUCAUCUUGUUAUAUCAAAUUUUCCUACUGAUUUACCAUUGGCUAGUACAACUGAUUUAAGUUCUGCCAAGCUUAAAUCAAAGCCUCAAUUAAAUUUUUUUUGUCCAAUUGAACCGUUGUCCAGAAAAAGGAAAGUUGAAGGCACUGCUGGAGGAAUUUUGAUAAUGUGGAAUUGCAAUUUGGCAAGCUUCACCGUGAUUGAUCAUUCCCAUCAAUUUGUUUUUGGAACUUUGAUCACUCCCAAUAAAGGUCUUUGGAAUGUGGCCAUGGUCUAUGGCCAUAAGGAACUUCAAAUCAUGAGAGAGCUUUGGAGCCGCCUUGAUAAUCUUGUGAAGGACGAUGUUCCUACAAUCGUGGGAGGAGGCUUUAAUUAUCUUCUUUCCAAAGAUGAUAAGAGAGGUGGCAAGCGGUUUCAUUUGACCAAAGGAUCUAAGGAGAUGAGGUUAUUUAUGGCUAACCAAGAUCUUCAUGAUUUUGGACUUGUCCCGUCAGUUUUGGUUAGGCACCUUGCUAGGAUUGCCUCUGACAAUUGUCCUAUUGCUUUUAAGCUUGACGAUUCUAGGCAUUCUCAAUCCAAAGUCUUCAAAUUUGAGGAUACCUGGAAAUCUUGUUCAGCUACGUGGAGAAUUGUAGCUAAUGCAUGGAAUAAGCAUGAUUACGGUGAUGAGGAUGAAGAGGAUCUGAAGAAUGACGUUCUUAAAUUACAAUUGCAAGAAGAAGAAGAUGGUGGUCUCAGUGAUACUAAUAUUAAACUGCUGCGAAGUAAGGUAAGGGAACUCAAUGUUACCUUACUUAGACUAUCAAUGUGGUGGAAUCAACGUGCUAAGGCGAACUGGAAUGAAGAGGGGGACACCAACUCAAGGUUUUAUCAUGCCUAUGCUACGGCUAGGAAGAACUGCAAAUUGAUUAGACAAAUCAAGGAUGAGAAUGAUAAAGUUGCAGAUGAAACUGACAAAAUUGAGUCAAUUUUAUUAAAGUUUUUUGAAGACAAAUGGAAAUUCCGUAAUUGUAAUAAACUGAAUUGGCCUUCUGUUGAUCAAAAUCAGUUGCUUAAUGCAGCUGACAGACUUAAGAGUUGUAUUCCAAAGCUUAUCUCAGAGGAGCAAGCAUCAUACGUUCCAAGUAGAUCUAUGUCUGAUCAUUUCCUCCUUGCUUUAGAAAUCUUUAACAAAUUCAGAAUUUCAAAAAUUAAAAAGGGUCUUAUGGCUCUCAAGCUUGACAUGGCCCAAGCCUUUGAUAGCAUGUGCUGGGAGACAUUGAAACAUGUUCUUGCUUGGUUUGGGUUCCCCGAGAAGUUCUCAUUCCUAAUUUUGGAAUGUGUCACCAAUGUGCGAUUCUCUAUACUACUGAAUGGAAAAGGUUCUAGAUGGAUUGAAGCUAAGAGUGGCUUUAGGCAAGGCUGUCCUAUGUCGACAUACCUUUUUAUCUUGUGCUCACAGCUUCUUUCCAAUGUCAUUAAGCUAAGAGGGCAUCAAUUAGGCAUCCAAACUUCUUCUAGAGCUCCUAGAAUUACUCACUUACUCUAUGCUGACGAUUUGUUACUGUUUGGAUCAGCUUCCUCCUCUCAACUUCGUGGAAUGAUGAAUUUAAUUAGGGAUUAUUGCGGAUGGACAGGACCUUCUACUAAAUGGAGAAUUGGAACUAAAUAUGGCUUCAAAAUUGUCAAUGAGUUUCAAUAUUUGGGCACCAAAAUUGCAUUGAGGAGGUUGGUUAAGAACGGCUUUCAAUUCGUGAUUGAUCACGCCUUGGAGAAGCUCAAUGCUUGGGGUACUAGAUUCUUAUCACUUGCGGGCAGAUUGAUACUUGCUAAGACUUCAUUGCUUUCUCUGCCAACGUUUAUUUCAGCUCAUUCAUUGAUCCCUAAGAGGAUUCUUUACGAGUUUGAUCGAAUUUGUAGAGACUUUAUCUGGCAUCAUAAUUUUGGCAAUAAAGGUCUUCAUUACAUUGCUUGUGAAGAUUUAUGCUUACCAAGAGAUAGUGGUGGAUUGGGUAUGUAUUCAACAGUCAAAAGAGUUGGUCCCCUUGAAGCUCGGCUAGCCAAGAGGCUGCUCCAGAAUCCCUCCUCAUUACUUUAUAGAUGUCUGGCUGCCAGGAAUGGUUCUGCCAUUUGGAGAGGCAAGUUCAAGCAAGGUCAAUCUUCUCCUCGAUACAUCAUUUCUGAUGGUGUGGCUUUUCUUAAACCUAUUGUUAAGUGGAAAUUAUGA